ACAUCUGUGUCAGUCUGUUUUCUCUAUUGUUUAUUCCGCUACGCCGCUUCCUAUUUUCAAGUUUCGUUCAGCACACUGUUACAUUUUCGAUGAUCGAAUAUCUAACCAUUCGGGUCACGUCAUCUUCUUUUCGUUUAGUUGAAACCUUCUGUAAGCAUGGCAAAGGUCCAUGUCCAAAAUGUUGUAGUUCUCGACAAUCCUUCAAACUUCUCCAAUCCGUUCCAGUUUGAAAUUACUUUUGAAUGUUUGGAAGAUCUUCAGGAAGAUUUGGAAUGGAAAAUCAUUUAUGUUGGUUCAGCUGAAAGUGAAACUUAUGAUCAAGUUUUGGAUACAGUCUACGUUGGACCUGUGCCUGAAGGAAGACACAUGUUUGUGUUCCAAGCCGAACCCCCACAACCUUCUAAAAUCCCGGUCGCAGAUGCUGUGGGUGUAACGGUUGUUCUUCUGACUUGUUCUUACCGUGGCCAAGAAUUUAUCCGUGUUGGAUAUUACGUUAAUAAUGAAUACGGUGAUGCCGAGCUGAAGGAGAAUCCUCCCGCCGUUCCACAGUUCGACAAACUGAUGCGAAACAUUUUAGCCACUAACCCCCGUGUUACUCGUUUUAAAGUCGAUUGGGACGAUACAAACAAGAGUGGUACGACAAAAGGUGAACAAAUUAUUGAAAGUGACGGUCAUCAGAAAAUGGAUGCUUCCCUAAUGGAAUCAAUGGAUGUGAUGUAA